UAUAGGGAAAUACUCGAGUUUAACGUUUAAAAGCCAACGGUCGUUCUGCGAGCUCAUGUUAGUUCAGUGUUUUGUUCAUUUAAAUCCCCACGAGAAACGGUGCAGUGAAUUUUCACAGAACUCCUGAGUGAACGACGGUGAUAUUUCGACGUCCUUAUGACAGUCGGAAUUAUAGGAAAACUCCGGUAACUCUUCUCGGCAUUUAUUUUACGUAAAAGUGUUUCCUACGAAGCUGCAAAGUUGCCGAGGCGCGAAAUGCGCUCCUAACGCGUUCCCUCUGAGUUUUUCUUCAUUUUUUCCUGUUAUUUUGAAUCUUAGGCUUUUGCUGCACCUUGCUUGAUAUUCUUAAAGAUUUAUACGAUUUCUUCACGCUGAACAUUAUGUCUCAUCUAAAAUAUAUGAAGGAAUUAAAUAGCUUGACUCGUAUGGAUGACGCGAUAAAGGGACCUGCUCCUCGUUGGCAGAAGAAACAUCUCGAGGCCUCCAAUUCCAGCAUUAAUCUCAGCUUGAAUGCCUCUCGUAAAGUUAUAAGUGGAUCCUUUGUAAACACAAGUAAUGGAAAAACACCAACAAAACGUUCGGAUAUACGUACUAAAAGAACUCCAUCGAAAGCUAAUAAAAAAUCACCUAUGGCUGAAAUGUUGAACCUGCUUUUGGUGACAGGUCGUGCUUCAACCACCCCUGCAAAGACUCCAAGUGGGGGUGACAGGUUCAUACCUUCUAGGGCAACGACCAACUUUGAAUUGGGUCAUUACAAGCUUCAACAUCAUGCGGAUCAGGAUGGAGAUAAGGGAGAUAACAUAAGUCCUUCAAAGAGGGAGAUGCAACGCCUUAUAGGAGAAAACUUUCAUGGUGGUGAUAUCAAUAACAUGAGAGUCUUGUCCUAUCAGAAUAAAGCUCCUGCACCUCCUGAGGGCUAUCAAAAUCCAUUAAGAGUUGUUUACAGUCAAACAAAAACACCCGCGAGCGUAAAAGCGUCCACUAGAUAUAUUCCUCAAGCUCCUGACAGAAUCUUAGAUGCGCCUGAAAUUAUCGAUGAUUACUAUCUCAACUUAGUGGACUGGUCCACGAAUAAUAUAUUAGCAGUAGCUUUAGGCGCGAACGUUUACCUAUGGAAUGCUGCAACAGGAACAAUAGAACAAUUAUUAGAACUGGAAGGUAGCGAUUAUGUCUGUUCUGUUGCUUGGAUACAGGAGGGUCCAUAUUUGGCAGUUGGAUCUACAUUAGGUAAUACCGAGCUAUGGGAUUGUAGUCAAAUGAAACGAGUUCGUGUUAUGAACGGACACUCGGCCAGAGUUGGUUCCCUAGCUUGGAAUUCGCAUAUAUUGACAAGCGGAUGUAGAUCAGGUCAGAUAGCGCAUCAUGACGUUAGACAGCGCGAGCAUCUUGUGUCAUCAAUUAACGCACAUGCUCAAGAAAUUUGUGGUUUAAAAUGGUCACCCGAUGGUAAAUACUUAGCGAGCGGCGGCAAUGACAACAUGUUGCAAAUUUGGUCAUCCACGGCAGGUCAAAGUUCGCAAACGCAACCUAUUUAUUCAUUAAAUCAACACCAAGCUGCGGUUAAAGCACUUGCCUGGUGUCCAUGGCAAAAUAAUAUACUAGCAAGUGGCGGCGGUACAGCUGACAGAACAAUAAGAUUCUGGAACUGUAAUACAGGUGCCUGCAUCAACACAAUUGAUACAAAAUCUCAAGUUUGUUCGCUGUUGUGGUCAACAACCUACAAAGAGAUUGUUUCGGGGCAUGGAUAUGCACAGAAUCAGUUGACAAUUUGGAAAUAUCCAGCGAUGACUAAAGUAGCAGAACUCACUGGACAUUCCAGUCGUGUUCUACACUUAGCCAUGUCUCCGGACGGUACAACAAUUCUUAGUGCGGGUGCUGACGAAACACUUAGAUUGUGGAAAUGCUUCCAACCUGACCCGCAUAAGAAGAAGGAACCAUCGGACAUGAAGUCUGUUGCGUCUAGACUCAAACAAUCAAUUCGAUAAGAUGCUGUAACUUUUAGAGAAGUAAAUUUUCUUAUUUAUUUUGCGUGAGUGUAGUAUAUGUCAUCUUUCUAGAGAAUAAAGACUUCCGACGAUAUUUCAGUGUCGUCGGGUAACACGUCAGAUUAUUCUUAUCUUUUUUCUUCGUUCAAUAUUACUUACAUUUUUAAAGAUGAUUUUUAUUUGACAAAUUCACGUUCAAUUUAUACUGUAAUUAAUGAAUAUUAAUUGAAAACUGAAUCAGCAUGUGUUAUGACAAAUAUUGUUUUGGACUGCAGACUUUUCAGUGUAUCGUAUAAAGCGAUGGUGUAGUUUCCCUUAAGUAUAAGAGCGCGUGUAUAUGGCUGUACAAAUCUGUUUAUGAACGCAUGCGGACUUACAUUUACGUUCCAGCAGUAGAAUUUAAACCCACACAUAUUUAAGUUUUUGACUUUGUACAAGAGUUUCAAUAAACAAAUGUAUCCAGAAUAAUUGCUUCCAUGA